AAGCAUUUUUAUUCCUCAGCUUUUAUCCUUUUGUUUCACUUUGCCUCAAACCAUAGAACCCUCAAAACGUUAAUAACAUGGCCGGAAAGUUAAAGUAUGGGCAAGUUUUUCAGCUGCUAUGCAUAUCUUCCGUCGUCUUAUUCCUCUUCGUAUUCUCUCUGAAUGUUUCCAGUGAAGCGGUGCCGCCCGAAGAUAAAACGGCGACGGUUUGGCUAACUAGAGUCAAACGGUCUGGUAAUGAUUACUGGUCGAAACUUAAAGAGACUCUAUGCCGUGGUCACUCCCACUUUUUCCCUCCCAACAUAGAAGGAAAGGAUGAUGCAGUAGAGAUAGGAGCAGGAGAAAAGAUGAAAGAGGCUGUCACAAGAAGCUUCGAGUAUAGUAAAGAUACAGUGGAGGAAGCUGCCAGAUCAGCGGCGGAGGUGGCGUGUGAUGCCGCUGAAGCUGUGAAAGAAAAGAUGAAGAGGAGCGUUUCCGGGGGAGAGACGACUCAGCAGCAGUCGGAGAGUACUAAUGAACUUUAAGUACGUCGUCGCUCUAACUCAUGUUUUUUUUAGUGUGUGUUUGUUCGAUCGGUGUCUGAACAACAAAGUUUUGCCACGUCUCAUAUGCUUUGUAUUGUUGAUUACACCCACAUACUUUUUUCUUUAUAUACGCAUCGACCAUGUCACAUGUCGAAUCGUCAUUCUUCACUAUCCUUUGCGUGCAAAAAACAUUUUAGAUUCAGCUAAUUUCUUAAGCUGGUUCGUGAGAAAAAUUAUUUAUUUAAGGUUAUUUUUGCAUCGGGGA